UAUAAGACGCUUCAUGAUCGCGUAUGUUUGCAUGUACGGUGUCUUUUACUCUUUUUAACUGCGAACUUUAAUAUAAGUUCUUCAAGUAAUCUAGUUUGUUAAAUGAAAGAAGCCUCAACGAUGCUCAAACAAGAGGAGAGUCAAGUGCAGAAUAAUGACGAAAGGGACCGGAGUAGGGAACGCGAUCGUAAUAGGAGGUCAGACAGGCAAAAUCGAAUAAACUCUACGAGUCGUGAUCGCAGUAGGGAACGAAACGAUCGUGGUGGUCGCAAAGCUUCAGAUCGUCGAAUCUAUGUAUCAAACAUUCCCUAUGAUUUUCGUUGGCAAGAUCUUAAAGAUUUAUUCAGAACUGAGGUUGGGAAGGUUGCUCAUGUAGAACUUUUUACUGAUGAGAAUGACAAACCAAGAGGCUGUGGAAUUGUUGAAUUUGAAGAUUCAGACUCAGUAAAAAUUGCUGUAGAAAAAAUGCAUCGGUAUGAUAUUAAGGGAAGAAAGCUGGUCGUCAAAGAGGUAGACUUUGAUAUUGAGCGUGAUAAAUAUGGUCGGUUGGCAACAGCUCGCAACAAUGAAAGAGUUCGUGAUGAUAGAUUUAGAGAUCCACCAAGACCACAAGGUGGUGGGCGUCAAAAUAUGAAUGCCCCUACAGGUGGUGGUGGUGGUGGUGGUGGCGGUGGAGGAGGUGGAGGUGGUGGUGUAGGUGGAGGUGGUGGUGGAGGUGGUGACAGUAAAUUUGGAAAUACCUAUGGUUUAAGUACUCAGUUUUUAGAAUCUUUAGGUAUUAAUGGGCCUUUAGUUACUAGAGUAUUUGUGGCAAAUCUUGACUAUAAAGUGGAUGAAAAGAAGUUGUUGGAAGUAUUUAAAUUAGCUGGUAAAGUACUACAUGUUGAGUUAGGAAAGGAUAAAGAUGGAAAAUCGCGAGGAUUUGGAGUUGUAGAGUAUGAUCAUCCAGUAGAAUCUGUACAGGCUAUAUCAAUGCUUCACAAUCAACAACUUUAUGACAGACGUAUGACUGUUCGACUUGACAGAGCAAAUGAACCAGACAUGCCACCAAAGUUACCAGAAGGUUUAAAGGGAAUUGGAAUGGGACUUGGAGCUGGUGGUAAUAGGCUAAUGGAUGUAGCUAGAAACAUUCCCAAUGUACAAGCAAAUAACCCACCUGUUGUGAAUCCUAUUUCGGCUCCUGUAUUAGCUGCUGGAGCUUUUGGUGCUGGCUUAAACAAUGUUGUACCAGCACAGUUAGCAUCUGCUUUAACAAAUACAAAUGCAGCAGCUCUUCAAGCAAGUCUUGCUGGAGGUUUGAGUGCUAACCUGACCACCAGUUCUUUGCUGAAUUCAUCUUUGACAAAUGAAUUGGCUUCUAACUUAAAUAAUUUCGGCGGAGGAGUUGGAGGUUUGUCUAAUUUACAAGCCUCUUUAGCUGGCGGACAAAGCAACAAUUCCUUUGCGCCGCGAGGCUUAUCUAAAAUGGACAAUGAUGUAGGCUUCGGUGGAAACAAUGCUUUUGGUGGUUCUAACUUCGGGGGCGGCAGAGAUUUUGACGGUGGAUUCAACAGAGGGGACAACGAUCGUGUUCCUGGUGGAGGGGGUGGUUUCGCUGGCAAUCAAGGUCAAGGAGGGGGUGGCAAUAGACAAAACACAAAUGGUUCGCGACCAAUGUCAGACACAAUUCUCAUAGGAAAUCUUCCGCCUAAUACGACAUGGCAAAUGUUACGGGACAAAUUCCAAGAUGUGGGGGAGGUGAAAUUUGCUGAAAUGCGAGGCACUGACAUGGGCAUGGUGCGAUUCGCAUCUGAAUGGGAUGCUGAACGUGCUGUGUCUAUGAUGAAUCGGUCGCGUAUCGACGGCAGAACGAUCGAUGUUCGCCUUUACUAAAAGCUGAAAAAUAACACUCAAGCGAGAGGAGACUGGGUGUUCGUAUGUCGUCUGCAGGAUUGUUCCACUCCUGAUGACAAUACUUGAAAUUCAUCCUAGUUGUGUGGCAGAACUUAGGACAGUGGG